AUAUCCUCAAUGUCCUGGCUUAAAUCCUAUCGUGUCCCCGGGAAGAAGACUUUCCAUUGCUUGGAGCCAGUAUCAGGAUCUAGAUAUUUCCAGGCGUUAGAGAACCGCACAUCACUUUCCACUAUGGCGACAACAGCGCUACAAGGAUGGCAUCCAGGCGAGCUGGCCGUCCAACGCAAGUUUGGAUUUGCGGAUGCCGUCAAUGAUCACUGGCUCCGUAUAAGCAACUUUCUGCCUGAGCAGCACCGCAAUUUCCACACGUCCAAAAUCCCAUUUCUUCCAAUUACGACUAUUGAUGAGGACGGCCGUCCUUGGGCAUCGGUUGUUGCUGGACUUACCGGUGAGACCGGGUUCGUGAAAUGUCCGGAUCCACAAACUCUUACCAUCAGCAUUGGAAUUUGGGAAGGAGAUCCACUUCUGAAUACUGUGAAAGCAUGGAUCAACCCGAAGCACCGACUGGUUGCGGCACCAGAGAGAUUCCUGAUUGCUGGCUUGGGUAUCGACUUCGCAACACGCAGGCGCAACAAAUUUGCGGGACUUAUACGAAGUGUGAGUUCUACUACAGAGUCAGAGUAUCACUUUAACUUGCAAGUCACGGAGGCCUUGGGAAAUUGCCCAAAGUACAUCAAUAUCCGAAAGCUUAUUCCUUACCCACAUACCCGACCUGUGGUUGCGCAUAGGCAUCAACACCUGGAACCCCAUCAACGCCUACCAAAAGAGGUAGUUGAGUUCAUCCUCAAUUCUGACACAGUAUUUGUGGGCUCUAUUUACAAAUCAGAGACUUUAACAGCGACGAAAUUCCCUUCACACGCGGGUAUGAAUGUCAGAAGCGGCUUACCAGGGUUCGUGCGCGUCAGCCCAUCUGAUGGCCGAACCGUGAUACUUCCAGACUAUUCAGGAAAUAGAUUUCUUUCCAGCCUAGGAAACAUCGAGAGUAGUAGACUGGCUGGCUUAACCAUGGUUUCUUUCACAACCGGCGAUAUCCUCUAUAUGACUGGUGCAGCUGAGAACAUUGUGGGGCCAUCUGCAGUAAAGAUCAUGGCCAGGCAUACGACCAUCAUGUCACUGCGGGUUUCGGCGUUUGUUUUCGUUCGAGAUGCUCUUCCUGUUCGACAACAACCCGGCACCUCUAUUGAGCGCAGUCCGUAUAGUCCAAAGGUCAAAUACCUCGUGGAAGAGAGGGAGAAUCAGUCCAGUGUUGCUGGGCAAUGUCAAGCACUGCUUCAAAAAGCAGUCCAGCUUUCCCCCGAUCUUGCCGUGUUCAGGUUCAAAGUAAUUACUAAAUCUGGUGUUAAUGACCUGAACAUCCGCCCUGGACAGGCUAUCGUGCUGGACUUUAUGGACUGGAUUAAUCGGCCCCAAUAUCAGCAUAUGGCAGAUUCUGCUCCGGGAUCCCUCAACGACGAUCGUGUGCGUACGUGGACUGUGUCUAGUACCCAUGAAAAACAGAAUGUAUCAUGGUUUGAGUUGACAAUGCGCGAGAUGAAAGGGGGCGCCGUAACAGGUGCUCUGUUUGAUAUACUGAGGAAACACUCAUCGAAUGAAUUGGGACGGCUUGUGUUGUUUGAUGUUCCUGUUUGUGCAGACAUCAUCGGCACCACAGGCGAUUUUUCCUUGAGUCAUGACAAGGUCAAUGUGCUAUGGGUAGCGGGGGGAUUGGGAUAA